GGAGAUUUUCUUUUCAGACUAUUUCUGUUAUAUUCUCCAGUGGGAGAUAUAUUUAUACUCUCGUUUGCAGUUUAUGCCUUUUGUGACAUGCUGGCAGUGCACACAGCAGAGAGGUGGGAUUUUAAAUGACUCACUGAAAUGCGAGAUCAUCUUGGCUCUCAAUGUUGUCAUGAGUGUUUGGUACAAAAAUAACAUUAAAUGUUGGAGCCACGGUUUUAGUAAGACAAAAUGUCUCCUGUUGAGCUAUAUUUUACACAAGCUUGCAGUUUUUUUUUAUGUUUGUAUGUUUUAUCCUUGUAUAACUGACUUCCAGUCUCUUAGAUCAUAUCAGAGGGCAGAGGUAGCCUUUAAUCUUUACCAUUAUAUGGCUUCAUACACACCAGUAUUCUGAUAUUUUUCUGGCAAACUGCUUCUACCAACCUGAGAAGAUCACAGAAAUGUGGAUGUGAUAUAUUGUUUUGCUUGUAAUAGGAUGUAUAGCUUCCUAGAAAUGACUCAAAAUGUUUUUUUUAAAAUGGUAUAAAUAAAAUCUUCCAUAUGCGCCUGUCACCAUUAGAUGAGAUCCUGAUUCAACAGACACAUUUUCUGGUAAAUGCUUUGUGUCUUGGUGAGAUAAAGAAAAUGUGGGUGUUCCUUGGGUGUGCUGACAAAACUCAUAUCUCAGUUACGUUGAACUUUAUCUGCCAACUGAAGGUAGUUUUGGUGAACGACUGAUGUCAUGUGGUCACUUCAUUUGUACAAGUUUUCUGUCAGUUUGAGUGUUUGUCUUGGACCAAGCGCGUGAUAACUUGUGAGCACGCAAAAUGUUUCCACUCUUAAGCACCAUCACAUGUUAGUAAUCUUAAAACAGCACUUAUCUCCUAAGCUAAUUACCAUCACUGUGACUUCCAACAGGAUGCAAACUGUCAGCGAGUAUCCGCCCAUGCUGUAACAAAACCCACCCCAGAUGAUACUCAUUUUGCCCCUCCUUUCUACUUGCAUAGUCUGUAACAACAUGGUAAUUAGUCCCUAGUAUGAACAUCAGAAAGCCUGUUGUUGGAUGGUUUUCUGGGAUUACCAGUAGCCCUUAACUGGCAGACUGUCUCUGAAAAGUACAGGCAAUUCCUUUCCCUUUGUUUGGGUGCCAGUGCUGACACUUUCUCUGUGCAGACACCAGGUGAGUUGAUCCCUGCAGUCUCUUUGCAGCAGUGAUACUACCUGGCUCAACAAAGGGUUAAAUAUGGGUGUUCCCAUUUCCCGCUCAAUCCCUCCCAGGCUGUAAUCUCUCUCUCACCCUCUUCUCUCUUCACUCACUCACUUUCAAGGAGCUUGCAGUCUCCUAAGAACAAAGCUAUAUAUAAACAUUGGAAGGGGAAAAAAAGUGAGUCAACUUGCACAAGGAUUUAAUCUGUCAAUAUCCAGAAAAGAAAACUAGCCUUGUUCUUGACCAUUUAGCCAGGCAAAAGUUUGAAGAAGGUUCUUUCAAUUCGACAAAAGUAGAUCUCCAAAGACUCAACACCAGCAACCAGAAUGGAGCUUCAGAAGAUGAAUGGACACAGCAGGGAUGAUGGCUUCGAUGGAGUGGAGGCCAUGGCUGAAAACGACGAGUUUCUCCCACAUAAAACUGGUGGCAAGAAAGAAAUCCAAUUCACAGAUUUCGAAGGAAAGACUUCAUUUGGCAUGUCCAUCUUUAACCUCAGUAACGCCAUAAUGGGCAGUGGAAUCCUGGGAUUGGCUUUUGCGAUGUGCAACACGGGAAUCAUUCUUUUCAUAAUCCUGUUGGUGCUCAUUGCCAUUCUGUCUGCAUAUUCAAUUCAUCUCCUACUGAGAAGCGCUGGAGUCGUUGGUAUCAGAGCUUAUGAGCAGCUUGGGAAUCGGGCAUUUGGUCACCCAGGAAAAUUACUGGCAGCAUGCAUCAUUACAGUACACAACAUUGGAGCAAUGUCCAGCUAUCUUUUCAUCGUCAAGUCUGAGCUGCCACUGGUUAUUCAGGCUUUCCUCAGUAAACAAGAAAAUACAGGAGAGUGGUUCUUGGAAGGAAAAUACCUGAUCAUCAUUGUUAGCCUUUGCGUCAUCCUUCCUCUAGCAGUCAUGAAACAACUUGGUUACUUGGGCUACACAAGUGGCUUCUCCCUCUCCUGUAUGGUGUUUUUCUUAAUUUCGGUUAUCUACAAGAGAUUCAACAUCCCAUGUCCACUGGAAAAUAAGCAUUACAAUCAAACUAUUCUUGGUGACCACUUUAAUACGACGGAUGACAUCUGUGAGGCCAAACUUUUUACCAUCAACUCCCAGACAGUAUACACUAUCCCAAUUCUGGCCUUUGCUUUUGUCUGCCAUCCCGAAGUGCUACCCAUCUACACCGAGCUUCGAGAUGCCAGCAAGAGACGUAUGCAGAAAGUUGCCAACAUCUCCAUCCUGGCCAUGUUUGUCAUGUACCUGCUCACCGCCCUUUUUGGUUACCUCACUUUUUAUGGUGCUGUGGAGUCAGAGCUGUUGCACACCUACAGUCAAGUGGAUCCUCUGGAUGUCCUGGUUCUCUGUGUGCGUCUGGCUGUGCUGGUGGCCGUCACUCUGACUGUCCCUGUGGUUCUUUUCCCGAUCCGCAGGGCCGUGCUCCAGAUCUUGUUCCCGAACAAACCUUUCAGCUGGGUCAUACACAUCGGCAUUGCGUUUUGUCUCAUUUUCUUGGUCAACGUACUUGUCAUCUUUGUGCCCACCAUCCGUGACAUCUUUGGCCUCAUCGGAGCCACAUCUGCACCCAGCCUCAUCUUCAUCCUGCCGGGAAUCUUCUACAUCCGGAUUGUUCCUGAGGACCAGGAGCCUUUACUGUCCAGACCCAAGAUUCAGGCCGCAUGCUUUGCUGCACUGGGAUUCAUCUUCAUGAUCAUGAGUUUGUCGUUUAUCAUCAUUGACUGGGCGACUGGAGAGUCUCGAAGUGGAGGUGGACACUAGUCACCACCACUUAGCACAGAUACUACAAAGAGAAUGCCAACCAAAACUCUCCCUGUCAUUAAAUUACCCCUGAUCUGCCGAGUUUUCAGCCAGAGCCAAUCAGGAAAGUUUGACUUAAACGAAACGAAGGAUUUGUGAAGAACCUUCUCCUGCAACAAGAAAAAAAAGAGCAUUUUGACAUGUGAUAGGGCAGACAAAAGGCCCUGUAAUGGAGGAGAGAACACAGAAGCUUCUCAGCCAGGAUGUUGUUUGGAGGCAAUGCAAAAGAGAGCAAAAAAGAUGAAUGGGAAGAACAUGACUCAAAUGGAAAUCUCCUUUUAGAGUAUGGAUGCAUACACUUCUGUGGAAUAGCUCAGUCACUGCCAAAAUCCAUCCAGUCCACUUCCCUACCCUUUCAGAUUUUACAGAGAUUUGAUAGUUGUCUUAAGGCGAUCAUUUCAUUCUCCUGGGAGUUUGCAUUUCAUCUCUCUCUCACACACAUACACACAAACAAUUUCAAUUUGUUCAUUCAUCCGUCGCUUCUUCGCCUUUUGAGACUGUCACGUCUGGUGUUUUCCAAACCUCCCUGAACGUCGCAUAUUCGAAAUAUGAUCAGCAAGGGUUGACUCUGCACGUCAGCACUAACCUUUCCAAUCUGCCGAAACUACAAUUUAGUAAAAGCUACUUUUAUGCAGAGUUGAAUUAAUGUUCUUUAAUGUGAUAUUUUUUCAUCUUUUCUAAAUAAUCCAACAGACGGUGCAAUUUGUGUUGUUCAGCUGCUAUCCAUGAAGUUCACACAGACAAUCACAUUUGAGUCAACAGACACAGACAGGAGGUUUCUACAUUUUUUUAAGUUUUUAUGUAUUAUUGAAAAACUCCCUAGCUGCAUACCAAAGAAUUUAUCUAUUGUGUUACAUUGAAAAAGGUAGUAACACUUUUUUUUUUUUUUACCACAUUUGGCAAAGGCCAAUUAAAAAUUGUAUUUAAAAAAAUCCAGUGUUUAAAAAUGUUGUUCGUCUUAGCAGUCCUGGAAGCUAUUCAGUAUGAUGAACAAUGACCUAUGGGUUUAUUAAGUUAAAAUGAAUGGAGUCUUCUAUUAUUGUCUUGAAAAUAUAUUUUGACUUUGUUAUUCAUCCUGUACAUUUUUAAAUUAAUUUGAAUGUUGUUAUCUGUCAAUAAAAUAUGUCUUUCAUUUGUACAGUA